AUGGCCUCAGCCGCACCACUAGUGGACCUACCGAGAUCCAAGUCCAAGGCUUCAUCAGCAACCCCCACAGCCACCACUAUCGCUUCAGAAACUAAGGCUCACGUCAGUACAUCCCAACAGAGAGCGCCUGAGAAUCCGGACUCUGUUCACCCGGUCCAUGCGAUCCGACCGCCAAGCUAUCCGAAUGCAGAGAAUCUCAUCAUUGUCUGUUGCCAUGCCAUUUUCCUUCCGAAUGCAGAAGCGCCCGACUUUCCACUGCGCAGUCCUCACUACGAGCCCAACUGGCUGCUGGCACCCUUUCAAAAGUCAGACGAGGCGACAGGCAAAAUAAGCGAGCAUGAGACCUUCUUAGCCCAUGCCAAAGCCGGCAUCGAUGCUUUGACUGUUGGAACGGACGCAGAGCACCCUCCUUCAAGCAUCCUCGUUCUCAGUGGUGGAGCUACUAAACGUUCGGAAUCUCUCAAGACCGAGGCACGCUCAUACUAUCAUGCCGCGCUAGCUGAAGAGCUAGCAGAGGGCCACAUGGGUGGGGGACGAACUCAUAGACUAUACAACAAGGGUUAUAUAUUGCUGGAGGAGCAAGCGACUGAUUCAUUUCAAAAUCUGCUGUUCAGCACUCUACUCUUCAGAAAAGCUACAGGCAACUAUCCGAAACAGAUACGCGUCAUUACACAUGCCUUCAAGGCGAGGCGUUUCCUGGAGUUACAUGCCCCAGCUAUCCGAUGGCCGAAAGAGCGUAUCCAGGUCCAGGGUAUCGACCCGGUAUUGUCGAGUGAGGCGUUGCAAAGCACGCUUCGUGGAGAAGAAGAGCACGGAUAUGCCGCAUGGGAAAGCGAUCCGUUGGGUACUGGGGACCUCCUAGGCGGAAAGAGACAGCUACGCGGGUGGGAUGCUAGCAAGUCGGCUAAGCACUUUAAGGAUCUUGAAGACAGUGUCAAAGAGUUGUUUCAAGGCACGGUAUCUGAUCAGCUGCCAUGGCUAAGCUAG